AUCCAGUGUGACCUCGAAGUCUGUAUUCCACUCGCAGUUCUUUUCGCCUUACAGCCCAAUUUCACCUCUUCGCUCUGCCAUCAAGACGCAUGACGCUUUUGCCUAUGGAAAACAAGGAAGGCAUAUUAUGCGCACUAAAAUCUUUUGAGAAAGACAGACCUGGCACCAUACCCCCAAUCCUUGAGGAUUACAUCAAACAAAUCGCACGUGAUGGGAGGACCAUGCUUCCAUGGGUUUACAUUAAACCUCUUUUACUCCAUAAGUUCAAUAAGGUUAUUGAUGGUUUCCUUGCCGAGAGCAGCGUCCCUGAUUUCCUCCCUUUGCCAAGCACUAUAAUUGAGCUACGGCAACUGGUGUACAGCACAUUAAAAAAGCUCGAUGGGUUGGUUACAUCCACAAAUUUAUGCUCUAGCAUUCCUUUCACUAUUCAACGUAUCUGCGAGUUACUAGAAAAUCCUUUCAGGCACUACAACAGGCCUGACAAAUAUUUAAGAGGGUUGGAGAAGGUGUGUGCAGUUGUAUCAACCAUAGACCCACAAGGAAAUAAGAUUCACCGCGAAGAUCCUCGUUUUCCUAGUCUAGCGGGUCUGGAUGAAUUCGGCUCUCCAACUAGCGGCGGGCUGCAAGCUUCUCCGCCAUCACCAUGCGUCGAUGAUCUUCAUCGACCACACACUUCAAAAUCCUCAGACGUUGAUGUGGUCACCGACGAUGAUGAGAACGAAGAUGAAGAGGAUGAUGAUGGAACGGAGAGCAGCUCCCACGGUUCGUGCACGCCACCAGGUGGUGUUUCCUCAAUAAGCCAAACAUCAGUUCUCACAGCUGCCUGUGAAUCUGGAUCAUGGCCUUUUGUUGCUAACCGUUUAACUCUCUCCCCUGUUCUCAAGCCUCCAUUACGUGAUCUGGCUCCUGAUAAAUUAAGCUCAAUCGAAAACGCAGUGAGUUAUGCUUAG